GAUAGCAAAGGUCGGCCCCGGCAAGAUGGCGGCGCCCUUGGAGCUCAGGUGCUGGGGAGGCGGCUGGGGGCUUCCGUCGGUGCACAGCGAGUCCCUGGUGGUGAUGGCUUACGCCAAAUUUUCUGGUGCACCCCUGAAAGUCAAUGUCAUAGAUAACACCUGGAGAGGUUCAAGAGGAGAUGUACCAGUUUUGACAACUGAAGACAAUAUUGUUUCUCAGCCAGCAAAAAUACUAAACUUUUUAAGAAAACAGAAAUAUAAUGCCGAUUAUGAACUGUCAGCAAAACAAGGGGCAGAUACACUAGCUUACAUUGCUCUCCUCGAAGAGAAACUUCUUCCUGCAGUGCUUCACACAUUCUGGGUUGAGAGUGACAAUUACUUUACUGUGACAAAGCCAUGGUUUGCUUCACGAAUGCCUUUUCCCUUGAGUUUGAUCCUGCCUGGAAGAAUGUCUAAGGGAGCACUGAAUAGGAUUCUCCUGACCAGGGGAGAGCCUCCCCUCUACCACCUCCGAGAUGUAGAAGCUCAGAUAUACAGAGAUGCCAAGGAGUGCCUAAAUCUUCUGUCAAACAGACUGGGAACAUCUCAGUUUUUCUUUGGAGAUACGCCUUCUACUUUGGAUGCCUAUGUGUUUGGUUUUCUUGCACCUCUUUAUAAAGUAUGCUUUCCUAAAGUUCAGUUACAAGAACAUUUGAAACAGCUCUCCAACCUGUGUCGCUUUUGUGAUGACAUCCUAAACAGUUAUUUUAGGCUUAGUCUUGGAGGCAUCUCUCCUGCUGGACAAGAAACGGUAGAUGCUAAUCUGCAGAAACUCACACAACUUGUAAAUAAGGAAUCCAACUUGAUUGAAAAGAUGGAUGACAAUCUUCGCCAAAGCCCUCAACUUCCUCCUCGGAAACUGCCAACACUUAAAUUGACUCCAGCAGAAGAAGAAAGUAAUUCCUCACAACGGCUAUCACCCUGACAGUCUUCAUGCUUUGUGUCCAAAGUCAUGUAAUUGUUGCAGUAAUCUCUUACACUAAGUGUGUGAAGGCAAAAAGAAAAUUCAUAAAUAAGUAUAAGGAAGACUCUAAAACAAAAGAAACUUUCUGUGACAGCAAUUUGUUUUUAGUUAGGAAGCUCGUGUUUUAGCUUGGCAAUGCACUUUAAAUAACAUCAACGUAAAUGCUAAAUGAACUUGGGGAAAAAAGAAAACACAUUGUACUGUAUAUAAAAAACCUGCCUUAACCUUGGCAGAUUUUUGCCUUUGGUUCACAUGUUGCUGGCCCAAAGCUACACUUCUGUUCUGAAUGUGCACUGUUAGUUUAUUCAAGUUAAUUUAUUAAUUUAGUAUUCUUAGACCAGUCUAAAUAUCUAAUAUGUGGCUCUUUGGCUGAAGCCUUUUUUUCUUCUGUUUAGAAAUCUGAUGCUUAUUUUAGACGUUAGGAAAAAUAUAUUAUUCUAAUAUUCUAUUUACUUCAGUAGAAAAGCCUGUAUUUAACUUUAAAAAGCAAUGAGGAAUGUGUUUUUAAUUAUGCUCUCAUAAGUCUAAUCUUUGGGGGAGUUAGUACCAUAUAUAUAAAUAUUAAAGAUGGUUACAUAUAAUAUUUGUCUGACUAUAUGCACUUCAAUGUAACAGUAUUUGCUCAUGUGUUCAAUACAGGUUAGCAAGGGCUGUUUUAAUUUAUUGGAGCUUUAGACCUGUGUAUUCAUAGUACAUGUUUAACUCUAGUCAUCUCUUUCUUGGGUUGAUUUCAGGAGAGCUGAAUGUGUUAGCAUCGUUAUUAUGCCAGGCUGUAAAGUCUGACUGACACUUGCCCAGUGGUUAGACACUACUCAGGAGGAGCCCACUGCCAGCGAACUAGAAGUACUACUGUGCACCUGGUCCAGGUUCACCAUGCUUGGCUCAGACCAGUGCUCUUUCCUAAGAAACAUAUCAUGUAGUCACAACCUUUAUGACAACUAAUUAUUUUCCAUAGCGUUAACUGCAGUUGAAGGAGUCAAUGGAGUAAUCGGAAAUAGCAGAUUUUAAAGAACAUUUUCUAUUUAUUGGUUGUUGAACUAUUCAAAGAUUUGCUGUGUGGGUAAUUUUACUUAUAAUAGAAUCUUGCUUAUUUUAGUGGCUGAGGUGCUUCUGCUGUCCUAAAACUACUUCUGGGGUUUUUAAAAUAUAGGACCAUGUUUUUGAUUAGUGUCUUAAAAGAUUACUAUGGUGCUCAGCAAAUCUUGUCACAUCCUGCAGAAACCCCCAGGUUAGGAAAACAGUUUUGGACUCAAGAGACUUGUCUGAUUUGAGCUGAGUGGAACUCGGCUGUGUUUGACCUGCAUCCUCUCAAUUUGUUCUGUAUUUAGGUAGCUAUUUAUACAGAAGUCUUUAUGUCAUUGUAAAUAUUUUUUCUUGAAAGUUUUAAUGAGAAACAGGGUAGUCUUCAAAGUCUUGUUCAUCUGUUUGGAUGCAUUGAGAGAAAGAAGCUAAUGAGUUUCACAUUACUUCUGCAAAGGUGGGAGAGAGAGUGUGUGUGUGUGUGUGUGUGUGAUGCGUUAGUCUUCUGUUAUAGUCCAGCAAUCGGAAAUCUGUUUGAAUGUUCUGUGUUGGAAAUCAUGACCAUAGGACUUGAUUGAUGUUUAUUAGAGAUGAGUGGUUAGCACAUUAAUCAUCUGCUUAUGCUUUAGUCAGGGUUAGUCAUUUUCGAUUAUGAUUUCUAUUAAAACUUUCAAAAAGCAUUUGAAGUGACUUACAAUUGUCAAACGUGUGUAAAACAGGACAAUUAAAAUUAGUUUUUGGAAAACUAAAAAAUUUGUAGGAGAAAGAACUAUAUUAACCCUAACAGAUUCUAAAAUUGAAUGGUAAAUUUAACUCCAGGUUUCUCCGUGGGCAAAGUCAAAGGAUAAUACUGGGUUAUGUAAAGUUUUCUGUCAAUAAGGUUACUACUGUCCAUGAGUAAGCAAAAUGUGUUUACAUUUUUAUAGGAAUGUGGAAGGAAUAUUUUAUUCUUAUGACACAAAGAUGCAGCCAGUAAGCAUACUGUAAUGUUUGAUGUGUUGAAAGUUUAAUAAAAAAAUAUCAUUUUAGAAUAACAAGUAUCUAUCCUUUUUUAGUAGAGAGGCGACUGUAAAUAUGAUUUAUUUCCUUUUGGUCAUUCCUGCUUUGAACUGCCUUUAGCUGUAUGCUAUAUAGGCCAUGAUGCUUCCAGACUAUCUUUCCUAAGAUGCAAAAUAUGAUUUAGGUAAGUGAGAAUUUAUAUGCUGGGUUACUUAGUUGAGGGUUUUGGUAUAAGCUAAUGAGAUGCUAGGAAGCUAUCGCUGAGCACGAGCCACUCCAGGGAUCAGCCACACAUAUAGGAAGCUCUUGGAAAGGGAUAACUUUCCAGACUGGGCAGAGAGCUUUUGAGCAACGUGUCAGGAUAUGCUUUGGAUAAAGUUUGAGUUGGCUGGGAUAAAUGGUCCACAGUCUUAAAAUACUGUGAGCCACUUUCUUUUGGAAGUGAUGGUGGAGGAUAAUAUGAUAAAAGGAACUAUGUUUGUGUUUAUGUUUCUUGGUAGUAUAGGAUGAGAAAAUUGGUCAGAUAAUCCCCAUAAGAUAAAGAUCUUUCAUCAACAAACUGUCAUCAGUUAUCCAUAAGACUGGCCAUUCCCCUAAGACCAAAGAAACUGUAAAAGACCUUUAAGGACAGUCAUUCCUACACAAUGUUUUUCCCCCUAAAAGGUUGGCACUGACAAACGAAUUAAAUUUCAACCUAGACAUGUUUGUUUUAUUUUUUGAGUGCUAGAGGAUUAGAGAUUUUAUGUUAAAUCCGAAGCAUUUUGAUUUCCAUUUGUAAUUUCUGUUCACUUAAUGUGGCUAGAUAUAUUAACUUAAAGGAAUGGGGAAGCUUAUUUCAAUCAGAGCUAAGUUACAAUUUUCAGAAGUCUGCAAAAAUGGCAGAAAACUAGACAUCAAAAGAGGCAGAAAUUGGUAACAGUGUUAGUAUCUCAGAAAACCAAUUUUUAAAGGUAGUAUCGUGUGAUAAAAGUGGUAUUUGAAGUCAGUAGUAUGUUUUCUUAGAGCCUCUUCCAGGAAUAGACAUUUACCAUGUUAUUAGAUUUUUCAUAAACUGUUUACUUUUUCAUAAACUGUCAAAAAUUGUAUCCCUCUGAAACCAAAAUAUAAAUGCUUAAAUGUAAAGACAAGAGGCUGAGGGACGGUUACAUAGGAUCUCUCUGUACUAUUUUUGCAACUUCUUUUUGUGAGUCUAUAAUUAUUUCAAAAUAAAAGGGUUUUAAAAAUAAAUUCAAUAAGUUUAUCAUUAUCUAGAUAAACUAUGAUUUAAAAUUUAAUGCUGUAAACAUAGUAUUCAGUAUUCAGUUCCAGAUGAAUAAAUGCAUAAUAUAAAUUAAAUAUAAUUUAUUUCAUUCUUGAGUUUAAAGAAAAAAACACCUCAGAUUUAUAACAAAUGAUAAUCUAAAGAUCUGUUUUACCAUAUCAGCAAAGAAAAACAACAAGAACCCCUAAAACCAAGAACCCCUUUUCCCUAGGAGAUUAAAAAUUCUACGAUUUUAUGUUUGUAAUUGUAUCUUUUUUUCCUAUGGUAUACGGGUUUACUUUUGAGGAUAAAAUAUUUUGAAAAAAACUCCUCCUUGUCUCUGUGUGGUAAUCCUUCUUUGUUUUGCAAGUGUUCUCUCUCUAACUACACUAGGACCAUGCUUUGAUGAACAAAAUGCAGCGUGUCUGUGUGCUUUUUGUUUUUUAAGUUCACAGGGAUUUAGUGAUUGACUUUGUCUUGGUUUAAUUAUUUAUAUAAUUGAAAUCCUGAGCAGAGCCACAUAUUAUAUUUGGGUUGUAAUGACGGUCUUUUGUAUAUGUUGUUGGCAUUUAGAAUUAUCUUUUGCCUUUUUUCUUGUUCAGCUCUGUGGAAUUUACAUUUACUUUUCAAUGUUUUCAUAUUUCCUAAGAAAUUACUAGAUUUUUAAGAAAUUUGUUGUUAAUUACAUGAACCAAAGCUCAGUAAUCCUAGUCUCAAAGGUUUAACUGAAGUUUCAUUAGAUCUUCAAAAUGUUGAUUUUCAUAGAGAUGUAAAGAUGGAGUGCUUUGCUUUUGUUUUUUUAAAGGGUUUGUAAAAUUAUUUAGCCCCAAACUCUUGUUGGGAUAUAAUGUUUGCUAGAGGUCCAGGUUACCUCCCCUAGACUUAAAAUUAUUGUGAUUGAGGUGGAGAGGUAUCCUCGGAAUCAAAAAGCAUACAAAAAUCAUUUGUUCCAGAUGAGGAGGCCAAUGAUUACUGAUGAGAAUUAACAUUCUUGAACAAUGAUAUAAGAAAGGGUAGCUUUGAGUUGGAUGUUUGUAAACAGAGAGUGGAAUGUUAUGAUAAAAGACUAUUUAGAGCAAAACAAAGUAGUUGCUUUAAAAAAAUGCAGGAAAAUAAGUCUUUUUAUAUCCUCAUUAUUAUUAAUUUGAAAUUAUAUUGUAAGAUAUUUUUAAACUGUAUUUCAGUUCUUUGGAGAAGCAUUUCAAGAUAUAUUUUGGCAGAAUAUAUUGUUAUUAUAUGAAUAGAGGGUUCUUUGGGUAAAUAGGGAAAUGCUGGGUUAGACAAAGUUAAGUUACUGUAGGCUUCUCAGAACCUUACAUAUGCUGUUGGUGGUUUCAGACUCCAAGAAGGGCCUGUAUUUUAUACACUAUUUUCCUAAUUUAUUUUUAUGUGGAUUUUUUUUUUAAGUAGGUGUCAUGUGGGAUUUGUGUUCUGAGAAAUACACUUAGGGAAAUGCUGCCCUAAGAGUGCUUCUGCUUGUUUGUACUCAUUGCAGAGGUUUCCAGUUGUUGGCUGCCCUUCUAGUGAGUGGUGAUAAAAUGGAAGCGACAGGUUAGGGCUCCCUAGGACCAUGGAGUUGACUGAGGUUUGGCUGUGGGUCUAAAUAGGCUGGUAAUUUAGGCACAUGUGAGACCCUUGGUCAGUCCAGCUGCUUCUCUAGAAUCCCAGUUGGCUUGGAACAGCUGUACAGGAGUGUGAACUGGUGGUUUCAGAGAACUAACCACUUGUUAGGCAUCUAUGAGACAGAGGGAACCAACUUGGAGUUCCAUUCCAAACUGUUCUUGGCUGUGCUUUAAAAGUACCAGAAAGGCAGUGAGUAUUUAUAGCAUUAAAGUCACAUACAAGCUAGUUAUUAUAUAUGUGUAUAUAUAUAUAUAUAUGCACAUGCAUACACACAUAGUGUCUUAGAAAGUGUACAGUUGCUUCAGUGACAAAAGCAAGGAAAGUUUAAUAUUUUCAACUUCUAUUACUGAAGACAUGGUCUAAAAAAGGAUUGUAUGUUUGUGUAUGCAUUUUCUAGGAUGAGGGUUUACAGUUUUUAUUAAAUUCUCAGCAAGUUUCUGUAUCCCCCCAAGUUUAAGCCUCACUAGACCUUCUAAUUUCAGAGGACUAAGUAUAUCUGAUUUCAUUUCAAAGUAUAAACCCAGUUCACUCAUCAGGCAUAAGGAUGCUCUUUGUUUUCUGCAGUGUAUAUGCUUGCAUAUUUGGAACUGCCUGCUUUGGAUGUGUAUUUGCUGGAAAGCUUGCCUUUGGGUUUGAGUUGUGGUGUGGUGAACAUCUGGCCAUGUGCAAAGCAGUUGGAUCUUUGUUCUGAUUCUUUAGAUCUCCUCAUGCAAAUUCAGAGAAAUGCCUUCUAAUCAUUGAGUUUACAUGUCCUGGAUCCCUGGAUGUCUAGAAACAAUGGCUUGCCAGAGUUUGCGUCAGUCCUGAGUGAGUCACGCACUAUAGAGGAGGCUGUGUUGGCCAUUCGUUCUUUGACCUGUUGGCUGCCUCUCUUGCAGUGCUGGCGUCUUAUUUCUUGGAGAAGGACGGGUGUACUCAAGCUUUUAUGUUAAUUGCAUAAAGAUGAGCUUUAUUCUUCUUCUGACUUGAUGUUUUAUUUUGUAAAAUAGGAAAUAAUGUCUUUCCAUUUUUCUAUUCAUCCCGAAGUGGAAAUUUGAGGUGUUUGUAAUAUAAUUUUAGCUUUCUGGAAGACUGAUAGCAAAGAAGACAAGUAAGAAAUUUAUGUAUACUCAUAUCGGUUUUGUUCCACCAAGUUUAUCUUCAAAUGGUAUACAUUUGAAACAUCUGUUCUAGUGUACAAACACUGUAGUUUUGUUAUGAAGUAAACAAUCUUAAAAUAAGCAUUGUUGGUCAUAAUUUCAAUAUUCUAGCCUUGCCUAGUGUGAAGAUAUUUUACUCAGAGACUGUGUAUAAAUACCCAGAAGUGGUGAUGAUAUCAAUGUUGUGAAGAAUUUAUUCUGAUAAAUGAGAAACUGGAUAUAAUGUCAAAAUAGCUAUUUUCACAAUAAAAUCUCAAGU